GAGUCUGCCUGCCCAAACACACCUGCGGAUGCAGCAGCAGCGGGCGGAUCAGUCGCAGCUCCGGUCCCGGGACUAGCGAGUGGAGUCAGGCAGCUCCAGCGCAGCCAGGAGAGAGCGGAGAGCGGCCGGGGCGCGGGCAGCGGGCAGCAGCAGCAUGGAGAAGGCGCACAGCAAGACGGUGGAAGAAGUUCUCGCCCACUUCGCCGUGAAUGAGAACACGGGGCUGAGCCCCGAGCAAGUGAAGCAGAGCCAGGAGCGCUGGGGCUUCAACGAACUUCCUGCGGAAGAAGGGAAGUCCCUGUGGGAACUUGUGCUGGAACAAUUUGAAGAGCUGCUGGUGAGGAUCCUCCUGCUGGCUGCCUGCGUCUCAUUUGUCUUGGCUUGGUUUGAGGAUGAGAAAACCAUCACGGCAUUCGUGGAACCCUUUGUGAUCCUCCUAAUCCUGAUAGUGAAUGCUCUAGUUGGCGUUUGGCAGGAAAGGAACGCAGAGAAUGCCAUCGAGGCACUCAAAGAGUAUGAACCCGAGAUGGGCAAGGUGUACCGCAUGGACCGGAAGGCUGUGCAGAGAAUCAAAGCUCGAGACAUUGUGCCUGGAGACAUUGUGGAAAUCGCAGUUGGUGAUAAAGUCCCCGCUGACAUCAGGAUUAUCGGCAUCAAGUCAACAACACUGCGAGUGGACCAGUCCAUUCUUACAGGUGAAUCUGUCUCUGUCAUCAAGCACAGUGAUCCCGUGCCUGACCCACGAGCGGUAAACCAGGACAAGAAGAACAUGCUGUUUUCGGGAACCAACAUUGCGGCCGGGAAGGCUCUGGGUGUGGUCGUGGCCACGGCCAUCAACACGGAGAUCGGCAAGAUUCGCAACCAGAUGGCGUCCACGGUAUGCGAGAAGACUCCUCUCCAGCAGAAGCUGGACGAGUUUGGCCAGCAGCUCUCCAAGGUGAUAUCCAUCAUCUGCGUGGCUGUCUGGGUCAUCAACAUCGGCCACUUCAAUGACCCCGUCCACGGGGGGUCGUGGGUUCGCGGCGCCAUCUACUACUUCAAGAUCGCGGUGGCACUGGCGGUGGCUGCCAUCCCCGAGGGACUGCCCGCUGUCAUCACCACCUGCCUGGCCCUGGGCACCCGCCGCAUGGCCAAGAAGAACGCCAUCGUCCGCAGCCUUCCCUCCGUCGAAACCCUGGGCUGCACCUCAAUCAUCUGCUCCGACAAGACAGGCACACUCACCACCAACCAGAUGUCCGUCUGUAAGAUGUUCGUGGUCGAUACGGUGGUGGGGGACAAGUGUAAGCUGCAUGAGUUCAACAUCACGGGAUCUACCUACGCACCAGAGGGGGAAGUGUUCAUUGGUGACAAGCCCAUUGAAACCAGCCAGUACGCCGGACUUGUUGAGCUGGCUACUAUUUGUGCCCUGUGCAACGAUUCCUCCCUGGAUUACAAUGAAGCUAAGGGAAUUUACGAGAAGGUUGGGGAAGCCACAGAAACUGCUCUCGUUUGCCUGGUGGAAAAGAUGAACGUUUUCAACACUGAUAUCAACAACAUCACUAAAGUGGAGAAAGCCACCUACUGCAACAAUACCAUCAAGCAGCUGAUGAAGAAGGAAGUGACACUGGAAUUCUCCCGCGAUCGCAAGUCCAUGUCCGUCUACUGCUCUCCCGUCAAUCCAUCGGUCGGAGCUGGGAACAAGAUGUUUGUGAAGGGGGCUCCUGAAGGAGUAAUCGAGCGUUGCAAUUACAUCCGUUACGGCACCUCCAAAGUGCCCCUGACACCCCGACUGAAGGAGCAGAUCCUGAGCGUGAUCAAGGAGUGGGGAACGGGACGGGACACGCUGCGCUGUUUGGCGCUGGCAACCCGGGACAGCCCGCCCAAGAAGGACGAGAUGGACCUGGAGGAUGCCACCAAAUUCAUCAAGUAUGAGACUGACCUGACGUUUGUGGGCUGUGUGGGGAUGUUGGACCCCCCGAGGAAGGAAGUAGUGGACGCCAUCCGGAGGUGUGAGAAGGCCGGGAUCCGUGUCAUCAUGAUCACCGGUGACAACAAGGGCACGGCCAUCGCCAUCUGCCGCCGGGUUGGGAUCUUCGGUGUGGACGAGGACGUGUCGGGGAAGGCCUACACUGGCCGCGAGUUUGACGACCUGUCGCUGGAGGAGCAGCGGGAAGCCUGUCGCUCCACCCGCUGCUUUGCCCGCGUCGAGCCCUCGCACAAGUCGAAGAUCAUCGAGUACCUACAGUCGUUCGAUGAGAUCACAGCCAUGACGGGAGAUGGCGUUAAUGAUGCUCCUGCUCUAAAGAAGGCUGAGAUUGGGAUUGCCAUGGGCUCGGGAACUGCUGUGGCUAAGACGGCAGCAGAAAUGGUGUUGUCAGACGACAACUUCUCCACCAUCGUGUCGGCCGUGGAGGAGGGGCGAGCGAUCUACAACAACAUGAAGCAGUUUAUUCGCUACCUCAUCUCCUCCAACGUGGGCGAAGUGGUCUGCAUUUUCCUCACUGCCAUCCUGGGCUUGCCCGAGGCCCUGAUCCCGGUGCAGCUGCUCUGGGUGAACCUGGUGACAGACGGUCUUCCAGCCACGGCUCUGGGCUUCAACCCUCCCGACCUCGACAUCAUGAACAAACCACCUCGCAAUCCCAAGGAGUCCCUCAUUAGCGGCUGGCUCUUCUUCCGAUACAUCGCCAUUGGAGUGUACGUUGGCCUGGCGACAGUCGGAGCAGCCACCUGGUGGUUCAUGUAUGAUGAGAGUGGUCCACAGGUCACCUUCAACCAGCUGCGACACUUCAUGCAGUGCACCGCGGACAACCCGCUUUACCAGAACGUUGAGUGUUCCGUCUUUGCUUCCCGCUUCCCGACAACCAUGGCGCUGUCCGUCCUGGUGACCAUCGAGAUGUGCAACGCUUUGAACAGUUUGUCAGAGAACCAGUCGUUGUUGAGGAUGCCGCCCUGGGUGAACAUCUGGCUUCUGGGGACAAUCUGCAUAUCCAUGUCUCUGCACUUCCUGAUCCUCUACGUGGAGCCGCUCCCUCUGAUCUUCCAAGUGACUGCUCUGGACUGGCACCAGUGGGUGAUGGUCCUGAAGAUCUCACUGCCCGUCAUCUUAGUGGACGAGUCACUCAAAUUUCUGUCCCGUAACUACAUUGAGGGAGGAGAAGACGACAGAUACAGGAAGAACAGGCAGCUGAAGUUCUAGGAACUGGCCGGAAAUUCGCGCUCCGAGAGAGUCCAACGCACAACGUUCACAUCAUGCACCAACGAGCGUUUGUUCUCUGUCAGGGGUGUGCGGCCAAACUUCUUGCAUUUCCCAGUUGUGUAGAUCUCCCUGUGAACGCCGUGUGCAAUAACUGGACAGCUGGCCUGCGUCUGAAACGCGAGUGUCUGUGUAAGGGUAAACAAAUGUCAACUGGAAUGAAUUCUAUAACGGAUCUUUAGCGUUUGACAGAAUGAUGUGGUGUUUUGUUUAGUAGUUCCUGUUGGCUCUGUGCCCUUUCCUCCUCAUUGUACUGUUCACCAGAAAAUUAGAAUCCCCCUUUAAAUUCUAUGGAGAAAAAAAAGUCUCGUAGCAUGAGUUUUAUAUUGUUUGUGGAAAUCAGGAAGAAACACUUUUCUGUAACGACCAGGAAAUGGCUUGAAGUCACUUUUUGUUGGAACCGGCACAAGAAAAUCCGGAAGUUUAUGUUCCAUUCUUGUCCAGUGUCAUAAAUUCAUAAAUGUAUGUGUUUUUGGAGCAGAAUUAGGUCAUUCGGCCCAUCAAGUUUAUUCCACCAUUCAAUCAUGGUUAAUCUAUCUUUCCUUCUCAACCCCAUUCUCCUGGCUUCGUCCCAUAACCCCUGACACCCAUACUAAUCAACAAUCUGUUAUUCCCCGCCAUAAAAAUAUCCGUUGAUUCGGCUUCCACAACCAUCUGUGGCAACGAAUUCCACAGAUUCACCACCCUCCGACUUAAGAAACUCCUCCUCAUCUCCUUUCUAAAGGUACAUCCUUUUAUUCUGAGGCUAUGGCCUCUGGUCCUAGCCUCGCCCACUAGUGGAAACGUCCUCUCCACAUCCAUUCUAUCCAGACUUUUCACUAUAAAUUCCAGUGAGCUUCCCCAUUCCCUCUUAGGGUCACCUGUCCUUCUAAGAUUUAAAGGUUUAAAAGAAAAUCCUACAAAAUAGGCAAAUAUGGCAGAUGCUGGAAAUGUGAAUUCAAGUAGAGAGAAACUAUUAACGUAUCAGGACAUCAAUAUUCUAAAGGUCAGGGAGUUCAACAGUGCCAGAAUGUGCCCAAAACCCAACACCAUUGGGAUAGGAAACAGCCCCACUCUAGUCCCUGUGAGCCCUUCCACCGUCUAUAUGCACAUAUGAUGUGUAUGUACUUGGGAGGCUGAGGCACCCAGGCACCAAUAAUUUCAGUAAAACAUGGAAAAGAGUUACCAUUUUCCAGAGCAGUUGAUGACGAUUCAAGGUCGAUCUUGAUGGUCAUCUGUUACCUAGGUCUGCAUCAACAUAGAAUGGGAUACAAGUGAGAUACUAUAGACACACGCACACAUGCGCACACACACACACACACACACACACAUGCGCACACACACAC